AUGUAUAAUGCUAUAAUGCUAGAUUGGAUACGCGACAAUCUCAAAGACCUAAAGCCGGAAGACUUCUACAAAGCGUUCAACUUCUCACACACUUCACGAAGGUUUGCCGAAGAAAAAUUGCGAGAGCUCCUCGUGAUAAUCAAGGAUGAGAAUAAUAGUACCAAUCGCAGGAGAGCGAUUUGUCUGUUAGAUUCUUUCGAGGCGUGGACACAAUCAACCAGUUGCGAGUUGUAUUGGCUAAGCGUAGAAGCCUCACUCGGCAGGGCAUCACACGAAGUUAUAGGACGAAACUUAGCAUACGAAACAAUUAAAACAAUCAAAUAUUUCACUAGAAAAAUCAACGAAGAAGCAUCACUAAACGAGUUUCAACCGCCAACAAAAAAGAUUAAGAAAGAUAAACCCGAACAACAAACCCCGGAAAACAAGAUAAAAACAUUCAGUGAUGAAGAAUCUGCCAUUCCAGUAAUUGAAGAAGAUGAAGAGUCUUCAUCGUCAUCUGAAUCCGGGAUUACACCUGUUAAUCUUUCGAAUAUCUUUCUUGCAACUUCCAUCGAGCUUGAAAAAAAUCCGGACAAGAAAGCCGAAUCAAAUGUAUCUUUAGAAGAAGUGAAGAUGGUUAAUAAAAAGCCGAGAAGUAAAUACAUUGCUCGUGAUAUAGCGAAAGAAGUCCUCGAAACAUAUCAAGUGCGUGUCUUAGCGAACGAGAAGUUAACAUAUAAUGGUGUAGACGUUUUAGACUUUAUUCACUCUACAAAAGGGAUUGAAAAAAGCCCUCUCUCUAUUGGUGUUAUCAACUUUUACAAUGCUGAAUGUACAAAGUAUAUACCACACGAUUUUAAACAAUUCAUUUCUAAUCAGCUUCAAGAUCCCGAGGUCAAGACUGUAAAUUUUAGUGAAGGAAAAGGCAUUGAUAAAUUUCUGGUCGAUUGUGAUGAUGAUGUUUUGCAGUUCUUAAAUAAGUUUGAUCAUGUAUCAGAUUUAGACUCUUUAGGAAGAUGCCUGGAUGAAAAUUUAAUUGGUUACUACACAUCAUCAAAUGACCUCAUUUAUGUACAAAACCUUUUCACCCAUUUCUUUCACUUGUAUAAAAAUGAUAUCCUCCUCCAAUCUAUGUCUGAACACGAAUUUAGUGCAUAUGUAUGGACUCCAUUACUAAGAAAUGCAUUCCUAGGGAAAACAGAUCUUAAACUAAGUUGUGGUGAAUUGGCAUCGAAGUCUUAUGACAAGCUUAAAGAAAUAUUAAACAUUGCUGGACGUAGUGCCCCCAAACUUGAUGGUAAAGGUUUCCUGAAGUCUCUAGGUACCGAAUUGUUAGCUCAAGAAGACGGAGUUCUGAAUACUCGUGGAAAGAAGAACGGUGACCUUCGAAAGUUGGAAUAUUGUACGAAGGUUAUAUUAACAGCUCUGUUUUUCGCACUUCCUUCCACCUCUAAAGAUAACAUUAAAGACAUUGAAGUCUAUAGCCUUCAAUCGAAUGGAUUUUGUCUGACAAUAUCCACUUCAAAGUAUCUUUUCGAUAAUACCAUCGUUACCAUGGAUCUACAAGAUAUUGAGGUCCCAAGGACCGUAGAAGGCUUUUCAAAAUUAAUAUUGGCUGUGAAAAUCAUCUUAUCUUGGAAAGCUAGGACUAAGAAAAACACAGAUGCGUUUUAUCAAGCUUUAAACGAGGGUCAUAGACGCAUAACGAAAGGUGUUUUUUUUUCGCCAAAAAAGAUUUCUAUAUAG